CAGUGUCGUACUAUUGUUGUUCAAGGUGCUCUUCCUAAGUUUAGCUUUUGCCAAGACAUUGGACGUGGAGCUGCGAUAACUCGUAUCUCGUAACCACGACGUCUCGCUGUCGCGCUCGAGUCAUCCAUCAAGCAACGCCCUCGCGCCAUUUCAUCUACACGCAUCUCGUCAGCCCCUGGUCCUUGUUCGCGCGUGCUAUGCGACCACAUUGAGCCCUCCAACCCCCCACGCCGGCUGCUCUCAACGCGCAUCCCCUUGUGCAAUCCCUCAGCCCCACCUUCGUACUUGACCCGCCAUGGGCCUCAUCAAGAAGAAGACGGCCGUCCGGACUACUGAAGGUGGCAUUAAAUAUAUUUGCGACAUCUGUUCAGCAGACAUCACUGCCACUGUUCGCAUCAGAUGCGCCGACGAUGAGUGCUCCAACUACGAUCUCUGUGUUCCCUGUUUCUCCGAGGGUAAAUCCUCCGGCAAACACGACCCUGCCACACAUUCGUUCCAAGUCAUAGAACAACAUUCGAUACCCAUUUAUGUCGAAGACUGGGGCGCCGACGAGGAACUGCUGCUGCUAGAAGGCGCAGAGACCUAUGGACUAGGAUCAUGGGCCGACAUUGCCGAUCACAUUGGAGGUUACCGGACAAAAGACGAAGUGCGCGAACACUACAUCGAAACAUACAUAAACAGCUCCAAGUUCCCCUUGCCGGAACGAGCCAGUCCUGCCGACACCACUCUCUCCGAGUCUAUUCCUAGAGAUGAGUUCCAGGCUCGCAAGAAGCGAAGGAUAGAAGAGCGAAAAGAGGCCGCCAAGAACCAAGCUAUAAUCGACUCCAAGCAGAAGCCGACUUCGAGUGUUCCCUCAUGUCAUGAAGUCCAAGGUUUCAUGCCUGGUCGUCUCGAAUUUGAGACGGAAUAUUUCAACGAGGCUGAAGAAGCCGUACAGCAUAUGCAAUUCGAGCCCGGCGAUGGCAUCAAUCCUACUACUGGUGAACUUGAACCAGAAAUGGAUCUCAAGGUGACAGUCAUGGAUAUCUAUAACCACCGUCUCACCGCUCGUGUGGAGAGAAAGAAGGUCUUAUUCGAGCACAACUUACUGGAAUAUCGCAAGAACACUGCAGUUGACAAGAAGCGGACUAAGGAUGAGCGUGACUUGAGCAACAAGAUGAAGCCCUUCGCCCGCAUGAUGAACCACUCCGACUUCGAAACCUUCACGACAGGAAUAGAGUAUGAACACAGUUUACGUCAAGCCAUCAAGCAGUUGCAAGACUGGCGCCGCAUGCAGAUCAGCGACCUAAAAACGGGAGAAAAGUACGAAGUUGAAAAAGCCGCACGGCAGGCUCGAGCUGCUGCGACGGCGGAUCGCUUCUCACUGCCUGGUAGAGUUCACAAGCCUAGCGCUCAAGAGCCUCCAUCAGCAGCAUCUGCGUUGAUCGGACCAGAGCUGCCACCAAAACCGAAUACCAGCGGUUUACAAACACCACCUGAAGCGACAUCACCAAAUCCUAGUACCAACCCUCCACCACGAUUCCCCCUGCAAGCAAUCACAGGUGUCUCCAAGAUGGAUCUAUAUGGCUACAACAGCCAAGAUGCACAUCUUUUGACUGAGAACGAGCAAGAGAUGUGCAAAGUGGUUCGGGUUCAGCCCAAGGCAUACUUGGUGAUGAAGGAUGCUGUAUUGAAGGAGGCGCUUCGAUCCAACGGUUGUCUGAAACGCAAGAAUGUCAAAGAGGUCUGCAGGAUCGAUACGACGAAGGCAGGGAAACUGUUCGACUUCUUCGUCUGGUCGGGAUGGAUUGCAAAGGGAUGAAAUUGAGAAAGCCUUUAGCUUGAGGCUUGCUGUUGCCAGAUAAUACCCAUCAGCGGAACGAAUUAUGAUAUUUAUAUAGCACCUUAGACGCAGGAACAGACAGAUCGCUGGGUCUGGCAUCAAUGAAGCAUUUUAUAUGCAGACAGAUC